AUGGCAACGAUCGCCCUCAUUGGCCUCGACUCCGUAGGCGCCUCAACGGCCCUAUCCCUAAUUCGGCGAGAAAUCCAAGCCACCCUCCUCCUCGUGGACAUCGAUACCGAACUCCAAGACGCACAAGUGCGCGAUCUGUCUGAUGCCGCGCUCUUUUAUGAAUCCGUGACUAAAGUUCAAGCGGCCACGCACCGAGAGGCAAGUCAGGCUGACGUGGUUAUUAUCACUGAGGGGAUGAAACCUACUCCUGGAGAAGACAUCUACGAACACGUAUAUUUCAAGACCACUGUACUGAAGAGCAUACUCAAGGAGAUGAUGCCGAUCAACCCGAACACCGUCAUCCUAGUCGUCGCUAACCCAGUUGAUCUGCUCACUACCCUGGCUCAAGAUAUCACGCGUCUGCCUAAGGAGCGAGUCAUCGGGGUUGGGACCUGUCUUGACACUUUACGGCUACAGGAGGAGGUAUCUAGCUUCCUGGGGGGGACGACAGAAGAGACGGUGGUUUGUGUGGUCGGGUACGGGAUAAUAAGAGCCAGGUUGUUGGGUGACCGACUUCCCGAGGGGGAGAUGGGAUUUCAAACAAGGAGAGGCUCGACGCGGAGGAAGAUAUCCAGGGCAGGAUGA